AUGGUGUCCUCGGAUGAGACCGAGGCGACCACCAGUGUCCACACCGAGCCCGGUCUCAGCGACGAGCGUGAUGCGUAUGAGCCCUUCCGCGUGGCCAGUCGCAACCCUCUCGUUCCGGCAUAUCGAGAGUGGUGGCGCCGUAACCCGCUGAACAACCUGCGCGCGUCCGGCAAGGCCAACCUAUGGCGCCGCUUUCAGGCGGAGGUAGUCGAUGGCAAGACGCCGCUGGAGGCGGCGCAGGGCGACCACACACGCACGCUCGAGGAUCUCAAGCGGUUUGUCCUGCCCUCCGAUAUGGAGGAGGUGGGCGAGGACGGCCGCGAGCCGCCCUCCGACGAGAUGUGGUGGGGCACCCCAGACCCUGCCAUUUACAAGGAGGGCACGUUGCACUUGGAGAGGCAGCAGAUUGACGAGGAGUGCGAGAAGGGCAACAUCAUCACAAUGCAGCGGUUCAGGGAGAAGCUCAAGGAUGCCAAGGACUGGGAGAUAGAGGUGAUGCGCCAGCUGGUGCAGCUGCACCACUUGAAGCACAAGGUGCUGCUGCCCUGCGAGGACGGCACCUCGAUCUCAUUCUGGGACCUCUAUAAGUACGUGCACUGCAACCCGCAGCUGGAGGCGCUGGCGGCGCGUGGCGUCAACAGCGUCGACGCCGCCCAGGGCUUGACGCGUGAGGACCGCAUCCGGCUGCUGGAGGAGGUGGCGCCCUGGCAGCUGGACCCCGAGGCGGACUCCCUGCGGCUGCCGGACCGCGUCACGAUGGGGCUGCCGUGGGGGCUGCUGGCAGAUGCGCCCUACUACAGCAGGCGGCCCACACGGUGGCUCAAGGGCCUGGACGGGCGCAAGGACUUUGCCUACGGCCUCUAUGUGCACGAGCAGCACGCGGCAGAGACGCUGGGGCCAAAGUGGGCCGGCAAGGCCGCGGAGGAGGUCUUGGCGGAUGAGUCGUACUUUGACGACCUCAUCUCCGCGGGGCCGCUGGUGGGGAUGACGCUGCUGGCCGUCACCAGCAGGGAGCUGCCCCUGGAGGAGGCCACCAGUGCGUGGACGCAGCGGCUGGAGCAACACAUGGACCGCCUGCAGUCCUCAAAGGGCGCGGGCCCCUCCAAUAGCCCCAGCAGCAGCGGCGGCGAUGCAGGCGGCGUCGGCGGCGGCAAGGACGUGGCGCCCCUGAAGCCCUGCUGCGCCGCCAAAGCCGGCCGCGCGGCGGAGGCGGCGGCAGCCGCAGCAGCAGCCGCCGGCGGCUUGAUACCCCGGCCGGUGUUCGGGCCCGUGGAGGACAGCAGGGCGAAGCUGGCUGAGGUGGCGCGGCUGUUUGACCGGGAGCGGCUGGCGAAGCAGACAGCGCUGCUGGACAGCACGGGGGCCAACUUGCGGGAGGGGUCGUCCAUCCUGUUGUCCGCAUCACCGGGAGGGGCCGUCAUGGUGCAGGCCAUCUCACCGGGCAAGGUGCGGGAGCAGCGGCACUACCUCCUCGGCGCCAUCGCGGACGAGCGCCUCAGCGCGGCGCUGUUCGACCUCUUCCUCCACCCAGACCGCGCCCUGGACCCAGCCUUCGCAUACAAGGCCGCCUACCAGUCCCUGUGGUACGUCAACGGCUUCAAAUCAUACAACGCCGACAACAACCCCAACGUGCGCGCCGGUAGCGACCCCGCGCCCCGCGUGCCGCGCCUGCCGCGGCGCGGGCGCGGCGCGGUGUGGGCGCUGCCGGCGCCCGGGGAGGACCCCGAGGCGGCCGCGCCUGGGCUGGUGGGCGGCGUCAAGCGGCGCGUCAUGUACCACCAGGUGGGGGCUUGGGGUGUGCUGGUGUAUGAAUGUGUCUAUGUUUGA